AUGCGACCCCGAAGACGGCGUCUUAGUGCCAGGACCAUGUUGGAUGCGGAGAUUUCUGACCCAGCUCCAUUCAUUUCGGCCCUGUCCUUGGAUGCUAGCGCAUUGCGAUGUGACCGGUCCCGCAUCCACACAAUAUGGGGCACCAGUAAAACUUUUGGCUCCAGUGAAUGUCGAAUGGAUAACGGAGAGGCCAAUUUUAGACCUACAGCCGCAUACAAUACUCAGCUUUCCUUGCUUUCUGCAUUAUCCGCAACCUCUCUUCUUUCCUCACCCUCACUACCUCUGUUAGUCGCAUUGAGCUCGGCUAGGUUAGCAGAAUCAUAUAUCCUCGUAACUACAUUUUUUAUUCGCCAUCAUAUCGACUACAUCCCAGUAAACGCAGGAUUAAAUAUAUUUGCAAGGCUGGCCCCAAGUGCGAAGACCUGGGAAGACGAAUCGGCUAUAAUAGCGAAACUCAAAGCGAAAGGAGUGGUAGUUCAAGGUGGAGGAAGCUACCACGGAACCUUCAAAGAGAAGGGGUGGAGUAUGGAACCGGUCGUUGACAUCAAGGCCAUCGGUGCUCAACGUACAGCUUAUGGCCAGGAGACGUAUAUUGAAAGCCUGCCACUUCUGAAAGCUGGGGCAGUCCAUCCUGGACGCCGAUAG